AGCACCAAAGCCGGGCUGUGGGUCCUCCUAUUCCUCCGUCGUUCUCAUCCCCUGCUCCCCACACCUCGCCGCGCUCUUCCGUCUUCCCCCCUCCAUUCCAAUCACCGACGUGACGAGACGUGAGGGCGAGUGGAGGCUAGGGUUCCCGCCGCAUCGCACCGAGGGACGGAGGCGAUUGAUGGCACGACGCGGGCGCGUGGAGCUGCGGCGGAUCGAGGACAAGGCGAGCCGGCAGGUGCGCUUCUCCAAGCGCCGCUCGGGGCUGUUCAAAAAGGCGUUCGAGCUCGCCCUCCUCUGCGACGCCGAGGUCGCGCUGCUCGUCUUCUCCCCCGCCGGCAAGCUCUACGAGUACUCCUCCACCAGCAUAGAAGAUACAUAUGAGCGUUACCAGCGAUUUGCGGGGGCAGGAAGAAAUGCGAAUGAAGGAGACCAAAAUAACAACGAUAACCAGGAUGCUGCUGCUUCAGAUUUACAGUCCAAGCUUAGGCAGAUCUCAACAUGGUCAGAACGAAACAAUGCUGACAAGUCAGAUCCCAAUGAACUAGAGAAACUGGAGAAACUCCUGACAAAUGCUUUGAGGGAUACCAAAACCAAAAAGAUGUUGGCAAAACAAAAUAAAGGUGGUGCUGGGGCAAGUACAAGCAGCCAGAACAGCAAUGGACCUACGAGACAGGAUUAAGUACUGGCUCUCAGCAAAUCAGCACAGAGCAAGGUGCCCUGACUUCUGUGCAGUUGGCAAAUGAAACGGGCAUGCAUCAUCUGUUGCUAUCAGUAUCUCCUACUAUUGCUGGGUAGCCGAGAUCUGUCGAGAACGCUGCUGGCAAGGUGUGCAGGGAAAGGAAAUUCAAUAACAGGAUGCGCAAAUGGUGCCAGCCUUGCCGAACCUGACCUUAUGUUGUUGUACCUUAUGUUCCCUAGAAUUGUGCUUGCUGAGUGGUCUUUAUACUGGUUGUGAGCUUAUGUAACCUGGUGAUGUUUGCUUGGAUCUGUCAAAUAUGCAGUGACCCUCGAGGAAUUGUGGUUUCUUGCAACUUGAGUCCUUGCCUCUGGUGAGAGCGGAUGAUUAGCAAAGUUCGGUGCUGUAAUCAGGUGAGUGCCUGACAGAUGUAGGUGCAUGAGUUAUUUCUUUGAGCUGGUGUAGGCGUGCAUGAUUUCAUCUGCAGAAAUUGGUUAGCAUGCUAAAUCUAGCCCAAUGGUUUUACAAGUUUUGAGACAGAAACUGUUGUUAGCUCGUCGGGUUCUUUAUGCCUUAGGAUAUGAGGUGA